AUGACGGGUCUUGUAAAGGCGAAGAAAUAUGACUGGAAGGACUCCAACUUGGCUCUGUUUGGUUCGGACACGGAGAGAAAUGUAAGCUCUCUCUUGCGACAGCAAGAAGAUUUGAAAAUGGUUCAGGUUCUUCUUGAUAUGUGUGGACCUUUUGGGCGUCUUAGAAAUACAGAACACAGCGAGGCGAAUUUUACGUAGUAGAGCGAGUCUAGAGAAACUCCAGACGCAACCUGAGGUGGUCUUUAUGGAUCCCUGUUUUGGAUCACCGCUAGCGCUACGGUUACACAUUACAUACGACUCAGUCGCUUUAAUUUACACCAAAUGCUCAGAGGCAAACACUGUUGAUUCAAACCUCAAACGUCAAAAAAUGAUCCAUGAGUCAAAAGCAGUUGCAAGUUUCCUACGAUAUUAUUUUAGAGCUGUUUCUGCUGUAUGUAUUAUUAGUAUCAAAUUAAAAUGGCAUUUUUGUUAAACGUACGUUAUUUCACGAUCACCAGGUCAAAAAGGAAUCUGCUAUGACAGAGAAAGCUUGGAAGGGUGCUGGAGAGAAAGUCGGUCUGAGGAUAUGGAGGAUCGUAAAAUUUAAGGCAAGUAUUACCACAACAUAUCUUACAGAGCGUCUUUUAAUUAUAAAAUUUAUAAUAUAUUUAUAGUAUCGAUAUAUCCAAUAGUAAUGUAGUGUUAUUUUUUCCCCGGACUAAUUUACGUCUACAGAUAAAACGCGGUAUUUGUUUGUUAUGAAACACGUUCCUUACCAACUUUCACUUGAUUUGAUGCCCAUUAUUUUACCUUUGGUUAUAUGUACCAAUGGCAUUCGUCUAAAUCUUUCAAAAUUCACCAUGGAUUUUGGUCUUGGUAAUCUGAUUACAGAAGUCCUAGUUAUUGCCUUAUAUGGUGGUAAUAGAUAUUACAAACAUACUUAGAAUAUAAGCAAAACAAAUAGGCAAGUGGGGCUGACCUUAUUCCUUGUUGGUUCACUGCACUCGUCCCUUUGCCACAAUGAGUGACUGUGCUGAUUUGCCUAAGAGUAAAAUAUUACUUGGUUAACCACCUUUAUACCAAAAUAUAUCAAGGUUGCAUCUGAGACUUAUGAAGGUUGUUUGAUUAUACCAAGUCUCCAUCCAUCAUUAUCCAGAGAUUCCAUCCUCAAAAGAUCUAAAGUCUGAAGACUGUCUCUUUUCCACAACCCCCCUCCCCUUGCAGGGACAUAACUCACCCUUUGACCCUUUACCCCCAAAUCACAAAUUGACCAAGAUGGGUGUGGCAAAGUAAUCAGGUCAGUGAUCAAAUACAUAUAAGUGCAAAAAAUGCCACAGACACCACACCAUGCCAUAACUAUACCUGUCCCUUUUGUAAAAUCCAACUAGUGGUCUAUUAUCAAUGUUGCAUUUUGAUUGGUUGAGCUACUACUAGGCUAUAUGUUAUAGCCCACUAGUAGCGAAAAGUGCUGGCUUUGAAAACCAGAACAAUGGCAGCUGAAUCGCAUUUUGCUAGCUAAAGUUGUUUUGUCUCGAUAUUUUUGACUAACUAGUUGGAUUUUACUAAAACAAUAUUCCUUUCGCCCUCAUGGGAAGGCCUCAUGGGCUAUUGACUCAAGAGCCCAUUCGGGUCCGAGGAGUAAUUGUUAAAUAACCUACUGAUUAAAUUUUCCCAUGAUCAUAUUUACAGUACCAAAUCAAAGAUUAGAAGUGAAGUCCUCUUUCUGUUGCUGUCAAUAUUUUAAUCCUUGAUGCCUUCUUACCACAGGUAACAGAUUGGCCAUCAGAGGACUAUGGAUCGUUUUAUGACGGAGACUCAUACAUUGUUCUUAACACUUACAAAAAGGACCCCAAUAGUGAGGUAUUAAUGACAAUAUUUAUUUGCUAAUUAUGCAUCAAGUUUGCAGAAAUUGGGAGUGCAUUAGAGAAAAGAAAAGAAAGAAAGAAAUUAGUCUUGGUAGGAAGGGGAAGAGAGAAAUUGGAGGUUUAACAGAGAAAAGAAAAGAAAGAAGAAAUAAACUUGGUUGGAAGAGGAAGAAAAAUAAGGGAAAUUGGGGGAAAAAUAAGACGCAUCUUAUUAGAAAAAAUGGAAAAAAUAAGACGUUUAAGAAAGAAAUUAGGCUUGAUAGGAAGGGGAAGAGAGAAAAGAAAGAAGAAAUAAACUUCGUUGGAAGGAGAGGAAAGAAAUUAGGGGGUGGAAAAGAGACAAGUAGUGUCUCCCACAUGACAGACUUAUGACAAGACCCAAAUGACUAAUAAUUAUUAAGAUAUUAAUCACAUGACCUGAGAAAACAUUUCAUCAUCUAUAUAUGUACUAUGCUGCUUUUUGUUGCUUUGAAUGAGAAAAUUAUUAUCGGUUAACAGUACAAGUAUCUGUUGAUGACAUCACGUUUGAUUUAGACAUGUGAUUGAUGUCUUUUUGGAACUGAUAAAGGUUUCGCUUUAUGCCAGAAGCUGUUAUAUCACUGUUUCUCUGCAUUUUAUUAUUGUUUGAUGUAUAGGAAUUGGACCAUGAUGUCCACUUUUGGAUCGGCAAACACUCGACCCAAGAUGAGUAUGGUACAGCAGCUUACAAGACUGUUGAGCUUGAUACCUAUGUAAGCACAUGUUCCAUUGUGAUAUUGGUAUAAAAUAUUUAGUCCAGAUGAGUAUUAUUUUUGUAACACAAGUAACUUGUGUAAAAAAUAUACAACACAAAUUGUAUUGCAUGUUUAGGGAUGACUUUCAUUUGUAACUGCAAAAGCAAAUGCAUGCAGUUACAAAUUUUAACUCUUUGAGAGCUAACAAAUUUUUGUGUGAUUUGGCCAUGAUUGCAGUUGGAUGAUAAACCUGUUCAGCAUCGUGAGGUGAUGGAUUAUGAAUCUGACCGCUUUAAGUCCUACUUCAAGGUCAUGUCUAAGUGGAAAGGAGGGUGAGUACAGCCCAUGCAUUAACCUACAGGCUUCAAUGGAAAAGCUUGCAUGAAGUUUUGCCUUGAGUAUCUUCCCAAAAAAGUGAACCACAUAUUACAUUGUUAAGUGAUAACUCUGUACUAAACAGGUAGCAGUAUCAGUAAGUUUUCCUCCCAAGUUUUCUCAAAUUUGCAGAGCAAUUUUCCAGACAUGUAAAAAGUCUGGAAACUAGAGAUCAAGUCCGGGAAAAUGAUGAAAGGUCAAAGCUAAUUCAAUUGCUUGAUAAGUUUUUUUUUGUACUGUGAUCAAAUCUCAAUCAAUCUCACCCAUAACUAAGACACUUCGAUAGAAGAAUUAGAAUUUUUAGAGCUUUCUUAUGUCAGCAUCGGCCAUGGUUACUGUUUGAUGUGCAUCAUAGAAAAAAAUUGGUUUCUACAUUUUUCAAGAGCUUUUCUGAAAAAAAAUAUUUGUUAACAUUGAGUCUGUAAAAAAUUAUUGUUUAGGAAAAACGUCGGGAAAAAGUUAUGAAUGUUGGACCAAAAAAUCUGUAUGAACCCUGUAUGAUUAACCGCUGUUAAUUUUAGGAGCAGAUAAAACAUGUGGCCAUAAUUUGAGAUAAACAUAUUAACCAGUUUGCCCCUGGAAAUUUUGCCAAAAAACAUGUUUUUAAAGCUGCCUGGCUGUCAAGAGCAAAAACUAACCAAAAAGCAUUUACUGGUCAGUCUUCUGUUUCAGAUGCAAAAUAUCAGCUUCCAAAAUUUAAGGAUGUGCAGAGUCAAAAUUCAAAGUUUUUGGGUUUAAAAGUGACCCAGCGUGCAGUCACACGUCUCAACUUUUUUCUUUUGCUUUACCUCGCUCCUCUUCUCUUCGUUUGCUUUUCUUGGCCCCCUUAUUUUUCUCUUUUGCUGGUUAUUUUUUAGGCUUCAUUUCUGAGGAAAGGUUUUUUGGAAGGCUUUUAGGAUUGUAGGAUUUGAUGGAAUGAGUUGCGGGUGGAAUUUUCGUGUCAAUUAAGCAUUUUUUAUUUUUUGACUUUUCUGGUAAAAUUUUUCUCCCUGCACUAGUUAUAUGGCGGAGUUGUCCUUGACCAUUAAAACUGAUAACAUUUUAUUAUAUAAACACCAAUGAAAUACCAGGUGAGCUUUGGCACGAAAACUUGAUAUCUUCACAUGUGAAAAUAACAUGUUAUCUUCACAUGUGAAAACAUCACCACUGCUAUGGCUACAUAAUAAAUCGCACCUUUCACACCAAAAAACUAUUAAAGUGAAAUGGUUUGGUAGUUCAUUGGUGUUUAUAUAAUAAAAUAGAACAUUACAUGGCCGCUUGGAGAUACAAAAUUUCUCUUCUGACGUGUUGAAAAAAUAUUUCAUUCAUUUGCUGCGCUCACUCGUGAAAUAUUUUUCAACACUCAAAGAGAAAUUUGUAUCUCUGCGCAGCCAUGUAAUAUCCUCUAUAUAUGCGAUGCAAGGGCAGGUAUCUGCAUGGGUGGUUCGGAGGAAAAUGGGUUAAUAAAAGCAUUGAUAUAACAGUAACUGCCCCCUUAUUAACCUCAUAUGAGAUAAUAGUGAACGUACACAACAGGACGUGACAAAAUAUGUAAGCAGUAGGCCUGUCAGGUUUGUCACUCAAGAGCGUUUUGCUGUCCUCUUCUUCCUACUGCCCUGUUGUGUAAACUCACUAUUAGCAACAGGAUGAUCAGAUUCAUCACCUUAGAAGCUAUUUUAAGAAUACAACUAUUUAUAAAGUGGAUACUCCUUCAGGUUUUUAUUGAUUUAGCACAAGUCAGCAUUGUAUAUAGUUACUAUAUAUUGUCCUUCAGGGCGGAUUCAGGAUUCCGAAGAGUUGAAGCGAAGAAGUAUACUCCUCGUCUUCUUCAUGUGUUUGGUGAAAAGGUAUUAUGUCUUAAGUGUACGACUGUCCCUUAUGACUUCAUUUCUUUCAAGCACCACUAUUUUUGCUAGCAGAAAUAGUUGACUCAGGGUGCCAUUUUCUUUCAAAAGUCUUUGUUUGAAUGCAUGAAACCUGAAUAUAAUUUUGAAGGAAUCCUUUUACUUUCAGAAUAAAGUAACAGUUAAAGAAGUGAAGUUCAAGAAGGAAUACUUGAAUGAUGAAGAUGUUUUCUUGAUUGACUUGGGACUACAGAUUUUCCAGGUACAUUUCUACUGCCAAACUAAGCGGUUGUUUACAUGAGAAAACUCGCACCGGCACGAGUUUCAUAUCGAGGUGACUUUUUUAUUUCGUAUCACGGUUACAUUAUGACUGGGUCACUUCAUAUCUUAAAAUUUGAAGGUACACUUCAUGUUGAUAAAAUACACGUGUGAUUCAAAAUCACAAACAUUAUGCAUGGCUACCUGUUCCAGUCUACCGGCAGACCGAUUUCACAACAUGACGGGUAGUUGUUUCGCGUUUACAUGAUACUGUUGCAAGAUUUCGUACUGGAGUGAAUUCUCACCCCGGCAUGACAUUUUGUGGUGGUAUCAUAUAAACAAAUAUAAAGCCAUGAGAGGGAACUGGAGUGAUCUUGCCCUGCUGCGAAAGUCGCCCCAGUGUCAUGUAAACACCCCCUAAGAAAACACAUGUAUAUUGAUCAUUGAGAUCAAGUCACCUAAGCCAAAUAUAAACUACAAACACUUGUUGCUGAUCAUGGUUCAGUCACACCAAACCUGAUUGUCCAAGUAUUUAUGAUGUUCACAUUUUAUGUAAUCUAACAGUGUUAAGCCAUCAUUCUGAAGAUCUAAAACAAACAUUGAUCAAUAGAAUGUGGAGGUAGAGCAUCCUUUUUUCCUCCUCAUCAAGAAGACAAAAGGAGGCUCUACUCGCAGUGAGUAAGUGGGCAUUGUAAUCAACGAACCUAGUCAGACUUGGGCCAGUUUCAUGGUGUCCAGAGAAUCCUUGGCAUUGUAACUUAUGUGCAGAAGUUUGCCCCUGGCCUUGUCAACUUGAUCAAGCCACUCAAGAAAAAUAAAACUUGUUUGGAAGCAGGAACUCCAUGGAAAGUAUCAAGUGAGAGUAAAGUUAUGACCAAGCACCAGUGCCAGCUUAAGUUUUUUAUUGUGCAUAAGAAGACGCAGUUUAACAUGAUGUGUUCUUGGGUGAUAAAGAUAGCCAUGCAGUGGCAUAUGCAUCUAGAGCCCUCGUUGAAGUCAUUUUGAAGAUGUUUUUCUGACUUUGAAAGGGAAAAAUACUGCAAAAAAAAUCCACCCCCUCCAAGUAACGUUGUGCCUCCGCUCCUCAUUUCACAAGAUAUGGACUUUCAGAUAGACUCAAUUUAGACAAUGGUACCAUGGUUUAAUUUCACUGAAUUUCAGAACUCUGCCAAAGAGGGUUAGUUUGAGUACAUCAAAAUGUCACCUAGAUGUCUACAUUCCAAUGAAACAGUCAGGAGAACAUUGUGAAGACAGAAAAGUCUCCUUUCAAUAAAACUGCAAAUGCAGCCUACGACUCGCAUCUGUCUAAACAGGAUUUUAGAAACAUGCCAUCAAUUGGAAUAGACUGCUCCCUAAAACAGCAUCAUCUGUCUUGAAGGAUUUGCUCUAUUUUCCCCACAGCUGGUCAACUGCUUUGGGACUACCGAGAACAAAUCUAGCUAGCAGUGAGGGCGGGACUUGAACUUGAGGCCUCUGGAUUACAAAUGCAGUACUCUAACUACAGCUUUUAGCCACACAGCAACUUUUCUAUAUGUAUGACCUUGUUAUUGUCAUUUUUGUAGUGGAAUGGAGAUCGUAGUAACAAGAAUGAGAGAUUUGAAGGUGGCAAAUAUUGCAAUGCACUGAGGGUAUGUAAAAGUAGUGUAAUACAUUCUGUCCUCAACUUGCCUGAUGGACAGGCCAGUGAGUUUUGGGGAGGAUUCAAAUUACAGAAACACUGAAUGAUAAAUUGCUUAAAUUUCUAAUAUUAAAAUUUAUGUGGACCAAAAGCUGAUCUAAAGAAGUGAAAUCAUGGAAAAACAAGCAUCACAUUAUGUGUUUUGUCAUACUAAAAUAAUGAUGUAAGAUCCACACAAGCUUCCAUUUACAAGCAGAUAAAAGUACCUUAAAAGUAAAGUUACAUGUGGCUAAUUCUUGCUAAUCAAUAAAUAUUUCAGGGAAAGGUAGAUGUCUUAAUUGUUAAGGCUUCACUGGUUAAGGAAGGUCAGAAAAUUGUUUUGGUCCUGAACUCUAGCGAAAAAAAUUAAUUGAGUUUUAGAAGUGUUUCUGGUCUUUCUGGUUUUUACAUUGCCGUGUUUGUUUCAAUAAGGUAAAUUCUGUACACUUACACUGUAGAUUUAUAUUGAUUAUAAUUUCACCAAAUUACAGCUGAUCAUUGGCAAUAAGUAUUUAAGCAAGUUGUAUAUUAACUAAAUAUGGUGUAAUUAAUUAAAAAAUAAUGAUUCAUGAUUAAUAAUUUAUAAUUAUUGAUCCUCUCUGAUUAUUAGUUUUUCUUUUUUGGCCUGGGGAGGGGGGGGUGUUAAGAUGACUUUAAUGCUAGUACAUGCUUGCAAUGGCUUGUCUGAAAUAUUAUAAAUAUAAUAAUUGCUUUCUUUGCACCCUAAAUUGACUGUGAACAUCUUGACAAUCUUGAAAAAUUUCUUCUUAAAAAUAUUUAAAUAAUAUUUUUUAUUGUUAUCAUUUUGCAUUUGAUUACUUUAUGUUCCAAUCACAAGUUAAAAGGAAGUGUGUGAUAUGAUGUCUUCAAAAGUUAUAAAAUUGCAGUAUGGAGUAUCUGAAGUUUUUAACCUUUUUUUGUUUUUCUUUGUUAGUCUGAAAGAGGGGGAAAACCAACAGUUGAGGUUUUAGGUAAGUUUCAGUUAAUAAUAUUGGAUUAUCAUAUGCAUUUUUCAUUUAUUGUGUAAGCUAAUUUAAGCUCAUCUAGCAGACCUCAAUGGCCCCUGGCAUCUAACAUUUUCUUCUGAAUAAUAGAAAAUCUUAGUACUUUUAUAGAAAUCACAUGCCAAGCACCCUGAAUUUCACAGACAUAGAGCACCAGGGCUUCCUUUUAGUUUUUUUGCAGGGAAGGCACAGCCUAGAAUAACCUAUUGAUUUCAUGGUAUAUUGCUAGCAGCCUCAUUUUGCAGCAGUAACCACUUCAGUUCUGUAGAAUUUCAGAGUGUGGCAGCCUAGCUGUUUACUUUUGGUUGGACUAAAGAGAUAGGAGUUCACUGCUAUCCAAAGACAAAACAGCCAAAUUUCUGACUAAAACUGAACUGAAUAAAUGUAGUAAUUCACAAAUAUUAUUACUGGAUGGAUGUUUGCAAAGUAUCUGCUAGCAAAAAAUCUGUUUUGUAUCCUGAAACUAUGCCAAGAAACAGGCAAAUGGUUGAGGAAAGUCUACAAAGAUGUAAGGUUGUUAAUAACUUUAAUAUAUUUAGAGAAAAAUCAAAAUAAUAAAACAAUAGUAAUUAUCAUGUGAGGGUUUUGUAUGAUGCGGAGAAUUUGAAAGUGUAUGCAUAUCUCAGAAGCUACUAUCCAGUAAGGCCAAAUCCUCCUCUGCAAAAUUAUUCACAUCACAUUAGUUUUAGCCUUAUUCAGUAAUAAUUUUAACCUUAUGUUAAUGAUAACACACAGAUAAUGCCGUAACUAGUGAUUUUCCAGAAGAGCUAGUAGAUGUAUUUUCUGAUGAGUCAGAGGCAGGGACAAAGCGACCUAAAGACAAGGUAACAGCUUGAAUGCAUUAUUGUAGUUGAAGUCUAAUUAUGGGUACAAGGUGUUUCAUAAGGGAUGAAAAUGAUGUUUCAUCUGGUAGUGAAUAUGUCACCCGAAGAUAGAGCUUAGAAAUGGCUGUCAUAUGCACAUGCUCAAUAUAGAGAUGAUACAGUAUAAACCCAAGUGGUGUUUAGAAGCUGUUAGGUUAAAAUUUGCCCAGUAGGCACCCCCUAUACAAGAACCAGUUUAAUCUUACUCGCGGGUUUUUCCUCCAUAUGUACAGCUGUUUACAAACAAAAUUUUUUUAUAACGUUAACAUUAGGUGAAGUCAGAGGUAUCGUCAUUUUUGGUGAUAAAAUUAAGGACUGAUAUUGUGUUUACGGAAUGUUUUUCCAGUUAAGCGGAUGAGUUUAGUAGGCAAAAGUCGUAUAUCGACCACAGGCGUUUAUUGAGUUUACUUGAGUUUUUGUCUGGUGUGAAAAAUCUAAAAACGUAACUGGAACUUCUACAUCACAUCUGAAAAGCUUAUAAACAAUGUCGCAUUUUAAAACUCUUCUUUCACUACGAUUUCGUACAAAAAUACGACAACACCUGGCUCGAGGCAGAUGGAAGUUGCUUGAAGCAUUGACACUUAAAUCAAGGUUAAACUUGGAGCGAGUGAGAGAAACCCUAGUUAUUAAUACAUAGCCGUUCUUACCUCCUUCCUUGAUGAUUUUUCCAUUUUUUCUAAAGAUUUUUUGCUGUCAUUUAUAACUUCUCGCACUUAGAAAACUCUCCUGGCUUUCAGCGUUCUUGCUUCCACAAAAGCAUGUCUGCUUCUGGCGGCCCGCGCGUCAGUCGUGAAAAUGGCGGGAAAAUACCACAGGCCAACCACAGGAAGGCCCGCGGCUACCAGCCCCUGCUUGGGAAAUGAGCCCGCGUUAGGGACGGACCUUUAGAAAACUUAUUGGGUGGGGGGAGGGGUUGGGGGGGCGGUCGAAGUACAAAAAAAAAAAUUCGCGCAAGGGAAAAUUAAAUGAAAAAAAAUUUUUCCACGCCAAUUAACCCUAAAAAAUAUUCAUGCUAUGGCCUAAAAAAAAUUCAUACAAGGAAUUUCAUAACGAACAAAAAUUCCUGCGGCUCGAAAUCCCCCCAUAACGUUUCUAAUGGUCCGUCCCUUACUCCCUCGAAAAGCCUCUUCUCUGGUAGUCUGGUCUAGUCUGGUAGGACUGAGAGAGCGGUUGAAGCGUCGGCGGAAGCGCGAAGCUCACCAUCUAUCUUAUUGUUGCGGAGUGUGAUCCUUAGAUCCUUAUAUAUGACCGUGACGGCUAUAGUAAAAUAAAGUAAGCUUCUCUAAAAGCGAUAUUUUCAGGUUUUUUUGGAAAAAUCAAAAUAGAAGAAAAGAAAUAGAAUUUUAAUCUGUCUUUGUUUUGUCGGCUCAACCUGGUAAAAGAAAAAUAAACAAACUCGUAAUCUGAUCAAAAAGCGUAUGGUAAGACUGUGGUUCCACCAACGCUGAAAAAGGGCGGAUUAGGUUGCCACCUUUAAAAAAAAAAAGAAAGUCCAUGAAAAGCAAAGUGCGUGUUCAUUUUAUGGGCCAGAAUGACAUCAACUAGAUCCAUUAUACACUUAAAUCAAACAAAAUAAUAGGAGGAAAGCAGUUGUGUUUUUUCAGCUACGUUGCUUCAUUAAAAAAACACGAGCAAUUGUUUCAAACCUGUCAAAGGUUUUACGUUUUAUAUGAAACAUUAGGCACAUUUAACGUAGCUUCGGUAUUCACAAUUCUUCCUGAUCGAUUGAAUUCCAGACCAUAUGAAGUGACUUCUUGUAAUAACAUAUUUCUUGUAUUGCUUUUUAGACCGAUAGUGGUUCGGGCUACGAAAAAGUUUUAUUCAGGUUAGCCUGUAUUACACUGUAUCAGAUAUUCUUUUUUAUUGACUUAUCAGUUAGAACUACCGAGAGCAGGGGCGUAGCCAGCCCAUAGACCUGUAGGCCCGGGCCUACAAAAUUUUUGGUUUGAUCACUCUACCGCUUGUAAUAAAUCAGUAUGCGUUGUUGGGGUGAGCUAAAAAGUUUAAGAGCUCAAAGUGUUGGUGAGGUCAGUGCGUACUAGUCAUGCGUGCAAUUUUCAGGAUAUGUUGAAAUGAUAGUUAGCCAUGCCUACAACUAGUCGAAAAGCUGGCUAUGCCCCUGAAGAGUCAUGAUCAGCAAAUCCAGCCCUUAUUUCGGCUACUAAUUACUCUAGAAAAGACUGCUGGAUUAAGUCAGAGUAUGGGACAAACGCUCUGUCUUCUGGAGAGGCUUCGUGAGAAUCCACUGAACAUGGUGGAAGGCGCCGCCUGAAGUCAGGGGUCAUUUCGUUUCAGAAGAAUCCGCCGAGUGAGUUGGUACGCACCGCCUGAAGGGUCUUACGGUUUUCAUACCUGCAUUCACUUUGCGCAGCGGAAAUCAUCUGAUCCGGGAACAUCUUUAGGGUUUUACCCAGUUAAUAAGACACGAUUCUCACUUUUCUUGUAACAAAAAAUUGUGUUUGCUCAAAUCGCAAAAGUUUUUGUCUGAAACUCAUUGAAUUAAUAGGUUGUCAGAUGCAUCAGCUCAGAUGACGUUCGAGGAAGUUGCUCGAGGAAAGGAAGUGACAAAGAGUCGACUGCAAAGUGAUGAUGGUAUGCCUUCUUUGUCAAAGCUCCACAAAAAAUAGUAAUACAAAGACAGUGAUCUCAGAGAACAGUUUGGGCCCUUAACAUGCAAAUCCUAAGAAAAUGCUGCAGAAAAAAAAACAAGAACAAAAACAAAUACAGUCGGUCCGAUCGCACAGUGCCCGCCCCAAAUUUUCAAUGUCUAAUAAAAAAAAAUCGACCCAAGAAAAAGUAGGGAAACAGAUAAUAACUUCCUUACAUGUAUUGAUAUAAAAGAUCAAAACUUCCUUAGAAGGUACUUCUCUGUAGUCUGUGAUUACAAUCAAAUGUAUUGAUACACUGAUACAUAAAGCAAUUUCAAGAAACGUUAUCGGAAAAAGUGCACGCGACAAUACCGAAAGGCAUUGUGGAUAGUUUUAAGUUAACUGUUGUUCAAAGAAAUUUGACAGAUUAGCUCGAGAGGCCAUGGACGUAUGUUUGCGGGUGCGAAAGGAAAGAAACAAAAGUACUUUCGACGGCUACGUUGCCUUGAACAGUGUAUUGAUCAUAUCCCAUACAGUAGAAACUCUCGUAAGCGACCACUUCGGAAAUUCGAAAAAAUGGUCGUAACAAGAGCUGGUCGUUUACGAGUUCUUUAAAAACUCAUUAAUAAGGAAAAAACAAAAGAAAUAAAUGUUUAAUGAGUGCCUUUUCAUCAACGAACCAUUAGCGCAGUGUGGAGUUUCAUUAAAAUGUUGAUUUGUAUGAAUACUGAAGACCCUGAGUGGUUGCUUACGAGAGCUAAACACAAAGGAAAAAGUCCAGUUGGGUAUUCCCAAAAAUGGUCUCUGUCGCAUACGGGAGAGGUCGCUUACGAGAGCUUUUCAGUACAAAGUUUUAAGUCACAGUUCAAACGGGGUUUCACAAAGUUGGUCCUAAUUAGAGCUGAUCGCUUACGAUCGGGGUCGCAAGGAGAGCUUCAACUGUAUUACCUUUCUGGAUUGUCGCGUGUACAUUUUUCCCGACAAGCCUUUCUCGAAGUAGCUGUCCGACAUAGGGUGAAGUCACAAUCAACCCUGUAAGCCCUUCUUUGAUGGAAGCCGUUGCGUAUCUAGGGGAGGCAGGGAACCGUCCCCUCCCCCCCGGGCUCCCACCUUUUUUUAGGCCAAUCUUUUCGAAGUCGGGCCCCCUCUUAUCUUAGGGACUGGGUCCGCUGCUGGGAAGAUCAGAUGAUGACAAUGGUGGAGUUAAGGGGGGGAGGGGUUAAUUGCGGUUCAAAAGCUAUAUGCAGCGAAUACAAAGCUAUAAAUGACAUAGAAACAAAUACACUGGUGCUGUCUCAAUGUGUCUCGUUUUUUUCUGUACCACUGACUUGUGAAGUUUUUUUUCAGUUUUCAUCUUGGAUUCAGGAAAACAUUGUUUUGUUUGGAUUGGCAAAGGUGCUAGCGAGGGAGAGAAGAGAAAUGGAUUUUGUCGUGCCCAUGUAAGUUUUGACGCAGGUUCACCACACAAUAAUCUCUUGACUACACUUAUGGUAGUUUUGACUCAGGCUCGCCACGCCAAUGUAAGUUUUGUCACAGCAUCACCACUCUCGUUUGAUUUGUUGGACUGUGUGGAAUAAAGUACUAGUUUUCAUGUAGCCUGAUUUAAAUCGAAAUUGAAGGCUGUAAGAAUUGAUGAAAAGAUCAAAGCGGUCAUAUAGUGAACAAAUUCUCUCUUGUAACCGCGCACUUGAGCCAGUGGUAACAGAAAUAAUUUUUUCUUCUACAGACCUACCUUCAGGGUUCUCAAAACCCGUAUCAACCGGUAUCUGUUGUCGAGGAAGGAAAGGAAACUGUUGAAUUCCACCAUGCCUUUUGA